AUGGCCGUCGAACAGAACCAAAGCGUGGAGUCCACUACAGAUGUCUUGAUCAUUGGUGCUGGGCCAGCUGGGCUCAUGGCGUGCCAUGCACUAGCGAAGCUCGGCAUUAGGGUUAGGAUCGUGGAUAAGAGACCGGAAAAACUCAUCGCUGGACAAGCGGAUGGAAUUCAACCUAGGACCAUGGAGAUAUUCCAGAGCUACGGUCUGCUUGAACGCCUACUCAAGGAAGGCAACCAGAUACACACAGCGGCCUUCUAUAAUCCAAAUGCACAUGGUACAAUUGAGCUGACUGAUCGGGUGCCGGAUGUUACUGCGCCUACAGCGAGAUACCCUUUCGAGGUUACUCUCCACCAGGGAGCGAUCGAGGCCAUUUUCAUGGACUCUAUGGCUGCGUCGGGGGUGGAAGUUGAGAGGCAUGUGGCCCCUGUCUCCAUCUCCCUCGAUGAAGCAGUAGCCCGGGUCUAUGACAAAGAAUGUUAUCCGGUCAAAGCUUCUUUGCGAAACCUGUUCAAUGGCAAUUUGGAAGUUGUGAACGCAAAGAUUCUCAUUGGUGCUGACGGGGCUCAUUCAUGGGUCCGCAAAUCACUCGGGAUUGCGAUGGAAGGCGAGCAGACCGACUAUGUUUGGGGGGUCAUUGACAUCGCCGAGCCAGAAUCAGAUUUCCCAGAUAUUCGCAACAAAGCCGUCGUGCAUUCGAAUCAUGGGACAUGUAUGGUCAUCCCCAGAGAAGGAGAUAAGGUUCGAGUGUACAUUCAGCUAGAUGAUGGAGCGGUGUUGCAGUCUAUAGCAGCGAACAAGAACAAGUCGAAUGGACGUAUUGAUAUGACGAAGUUGGCUGUAGGGCCAGAAGAUCUGUUGUGCGUUGCACAGAAGAUUCUCCAUCCAUAUACGUUGAGAGCAGGAGGUGGAAAGUUCGAGUGGUGGACGGUCUAUACCAUUGGCCAACGCGUUGCAUCACAGUUCUCCGUGCAUAAUCGGAUAUUCAUUGUAGGUGAUGCUUGUCAUACACACUCCCCUAAAGCCGGGCAGGGGAUGAAUGCAAGCAUGGGGGAUUCACAUAAUCUCGUCUGGAAGAUAUCUGCUGUCCUUAAUGGAUGGGUGGAUCCAGAUGUGCUUGAUACUUACGAGCUUGAGCGCCGCAAAUAUGCGCAGGAUCUUAUCUCUUUUGAUAGAAAGUUCGCCAAACUAUUCUCUGGGAAACCGAGAACAGAGCAAUAUCAAGACGGUGUCAGUCACGAGGAAUUCCUCCAGAUCUUUCAGACAUUCGGGGGAUUUACCAGCGGAAUAGGAAUGCGUUACCUUGGCUCAACCAUCACAGACGCAGAUCACACAAAUUCGACUCGGGGCAUCAAGGUCGGGGAAAGAUUCCCUCCUCGCCCAGUCGUUCGGGCAGCCGACUCCAGGCCUAUGGACAUCCAAGAUCUCCUUCACUCGGAUGGAAGAUUUAAGGUUCUCGUCUUUCUUGAAGGGGAGAAAGAGGCGACCAUCGCUUUGGAGGCCCUUUCGAUCGAACUGGAGCAUGUCACUCGAAUGUCACCCGCAAACAACCUGUUUGCUGUAACCGAGGUACUGACGUUCAUCGCGGGCACUGGAGACAGUCCGAGGGACGUUUUGAAUUGGACAUCAUGGCCCCUCAUGCUAAGGUCGCAUUGGUCCAAGAUCUUCGUCGAGAAACCGGACGGGGCAGAGUAUUCACCAGAGGUAAUCGUCGUAAGGCCGGAUGGUUACAUUGGGAAGAUCAUUCCCUCCCACUCCCUCGAAUCACAACUUUCCAACUACUUCUCUGGGUUCCUGAGAAAGAAGACGCAGAAGUCGACUUGCUACAUAGGGCCAGGUCUCGACCAAUCCUGA